CCUGAGGCAGCGGCGGUGGCUGUGGUGGCGGCCGGCAGCGGUGUCCGUGGAGCCAUGGCCGGCGCCGCGCGGACCUCGGGGGACCGCGCUGGGGACUCCCGGGGCGUGGGGCGCGCCCUGCUGCUCCCACGGCCUCUUCUACCCUUCCUCGUCCUGGGGUUGGUGGCGGCGCCCGGCACUCGCGCCGCGGGAUACGAGACAUGCCCCACGGUGCAGCCAGACAUGCUGAACGUUCACCUACUGGCCCACACACAUGAUGACGUGGGCUGGAUCAAGACAGUGGACCAGUACUACUAUGGGGUUUAUAAUAGCCUCCAGCACGCUGGCGUGAAGUACAUCCUGGUCUCGGUCAUUUCUGCCCUGCGGGCAGAGCCCAGCCGCAGGUUCCUCUACGUGGAGAUGGCCGCCUUCUCCCGUUGGUGGCACCAGCAGACGAACGCAACCCAGCAAGCCGUGCGGGAGCUGGUGCUCACCAGGCACCUGGAGUUUGCCAACGGUGGCUGGGUGAUGAACGACGAGGCGGCCACCCACUAUGGCGCCAUCGUGGACCAGAUGACGCUGGGGCUGCGCUUCCUGCAGGACACGUUCGGCGACAACGGGCGCCCCCGUGUGGCCUGGCACAUCGACCCCUUUGGGCACUCUCGGGAACAGGCUUCGCUCUUUGCGCAGGUGCUAUCUGGACCUACCUUGGAUCCACCCCUUUACUCGUUCUGACUCCUUUCAUGGCCACUCAAACCACCUUUUCCCAUCUCCCUCCCAGGCCCUACCCAUUGGGCUAGCUGUGAUUCCUACCCCAUCCCAACCGACCCUGACCUCUUCACUGGUAUCCUCUUCAACAACUACAACCCACCCAAGGAUCUGUGCUGGGACGUGCUGUGUGCCGACAAGCCCGUCGUGGACGACCCUGAGAGUCCUGAAGACAACGCCAAGCAAGUCGUCCAUUACUUCCUCUACGUGGCCACUGCCCAGGGCCGGUCCUACCGCACCAACCACAUCGUGAUGACCAUGGGCUCCAACUUCCAGUAUGAGAACGCCCACAUGUGGUUCAAGAACCUUGACAAGCUCAUCUGGCUGGUCAAUGCAGAGCAGCAGGCAAACGGGAGCCGCGUCCACGUGCUCUACUCCACCCCAGCCUGUUACCUCUGGGAGCUGAACAAGGCCAACCUCACCUGGUCGCUGAAGGAGGACGACUUCUUUCCCUAUGCCGAUGGCCCCCAGCAGUUCUGGACCGGCUACUUCUCCAGCCGGCCGGCCCUCAAGCGCUAUGAGCGCGUCAGCUACAACUUCCUGCAGGUGUGCAAGCAGCUGGAGGCGCUGGCGGGCCCGGCGGCCAACGUGAGGCCCUAUGGGUCGGGAGACACCGCUCCCCUAGAGGAGGCCAUGGCCAUUCUUCAGCCCGACGCUGUCAGCAGCACUUCCCGCCAGCACGUGGCCAAGGACUACAGGAGCUGGCUGGCUGCAGGCUGGAGGCCCAGCCAGGUUCUCCUGAGCAACGCCCUGGCGCGGCUCAGCGGCUCCCAGGAGGCUUUCUCCAUCUGCCCGGAGAUCAACAUCAGAGUCUGCCCGCUCAGCCAGAUGUCGGCGCGCUUCCAGGUCACCAUUUACAACCCCCUGGCCAGGAAGGUGGGCCGCAUGGUGCGGCUGCCGGUCAGUGCAGGCGCUUUCCUCGUGAAGGACCCCAGUGGCCACGCUGUGCCCAACAAUGUGCUGCUGCUUCCCCAACCAGAGGGACAGAAGCCCAGCCCAGAGCUGCUGUUCUCCACCUCGGUGCCGGCCCUGGGCUUCAGCAUCUACUCCAUAGCCCGCAGCCCCGAACCCAUCCCCAAGAAGUCCAGGACUGGUGUCCUGGUUAUCCAAAACGAGUACAUCCGGGCGACCUUCAACCCUGAGACAGGCCUCUUGAUGCAGAUUGAGGACCUGGAGCAGAAACUCGUGCUGCCCGUGAGCCAGGCUUUUUUCUGGUAUAACGCCAGUACAGGUGACGAGAAAAGCGAUCAGGCCUCUGGAGCCUACAUCUUUAGACCCUACAGAUUGAAACCACUGCCCGUGAGCUGCUGGGCUCAGAUCCGCGUACUGAAGACGCCCUUGGUGCAGGAGGUGCACCAGAACUUCUCAGCCUGGUGUUCUCAGGUGGUUCGCCUGUACCACGGACAGCGCCACCUGGAGCUGGAGUGGACUGUGGGGCCCAUCCCUGUGGGGAGGAAUUAUCGGCCCACCUGGAACUUGAACCAGACAGAGCCUGUGGUGGGGAACUACUAUCCAGUCAACACUCGAAUUUACAUCACGGAUGGGAAGAAGCAGCUGAUGGUGCAGCAGCCUGGGGGAUCGCUCACAGCGGGGCAGCAGCCUGGGGGCGGCUCGCUGGAGCUCAUGGUGCACCGCAGGCUGCUGCUGGAUGAUAACCGUGGAGUGGGGGAGCCGCUGCUGGAGGAGGGCUCGGGGUCGUGGGUGCGAGGGCCACCUCGUGCUGCUGGACGCGGUGGGCACGGCGGCCCCGGCGGCAGCGCCCCCUACCAGCCUGGAACAGCCAGGAUCACCAAGUUCUCAGGGCUGUGCCGGGAGCUCCCGCUCUCCGUGCACCUGCUCACCCUGGCCUGCUGGGGCCUAGAGAUGCUGCUGUUGCUCGUGGAGCACCAGUUCGCCAGCAGGGAGGACUCGGGCCGCAACUUGAGCUCCCCUGUGACCUUGGAUGCAGAGAACCUGUUCUCCACCUUCACCAUCACCCGCCUGCAGGAGACUACACUGGUGGCCAACCAGCCCCGGGCCAGCGCCUCCAGGCUCGAGUGGACACCAGACACUGCUCUGUACCAAACCCCUCAGUGCCCGCUCUGGACCUGGCCGCCACCACACUGCAGCCCAUGGAGAUCCACACGUUUGUGGCCUCGGUCCAGUGGAAAGAGGAUGGUGGGACCUGCAGGGAAGUCGCCUUGCGAGCCUGAGCUCUCUGCUUCUGGGGCGAGUCUGACUCUCUUCCCCUCUGCUCCCCAUGCUGCCACCCAAAAUGCCAUUAAAAUAGUGAUGACACUCAGGUCGCCGAAGGACUCUUUGUGGUAUCUUUUAGAGGGAGGUAGAAUGUAUGAUCUAGGGGCCGACGCUGUGGCAUAG